CACACACACACACACACACGCGGCGCGCGAUCCGCUGGAGUUUGGCUACUGGAGUCGGGAGGGAGAGAGGGGGCGAGCUGGUGGCUGUCGGGCCGGGGUCUGGGCGCCAGCGAGCGGCCGCCCCACCUCUGAAAACCGCGUAGAGGGCGGUGUGUCCCGGACCCCGGCAGCCCAGCCCCCGCUCUCAGGCCAAGUUUGCGCGCGGUCUCCGCUGACUCUCGGGUUACCUGAGCCGGCAACCACGUCAGCGCCACAUCAUCUGGGCUUUUUAUAUUGCAAGGAAACAGGAAAAGAAGGAAAAGAAACAACGCCCGAGCGAGCCAAUCCCCGGGAGCCGGCGCAACCGGGAGGAGCGGGCGGGCUCGGGCGGGCGCGCGGGGGAGCGUGCGGCCGGCGGGAGCCGGGCCCGGGCGGGGGCGGGGGCGGCGGGGCCGGAGGGGGCAGCGGGCAGCGCUCGGGCGGGUCUGCGGCGUUGGCCUUGGCUUUGGCGGCGGCGGCGGCGAAGAUGCUGCAGUCCCUGGCCGGCAGCUCUUGCGUGCGCCUGGUGGAGCGGCACCGCUCGGCCUGGUGCUUCGGCUUCCUGGUGCUAGGCUACCUGCUCUACCUGGUCUUCGGCGCCGUGGUCUUCUCGUCGGUGGAGCUGCCCUACGAGGACCUGCUGCGCCAGGAGCUGCGCAAGCUGAAGCGGCGCUUCCUGGAGGAGCACGAGUGCCUGUCCGAGCAGCAGCUCGAGCAGUUCCUGGGCCGGGUGCUGGAGGCCAGCAACUACGGCGUGUCGGUGCUCAGCAACGCCUCGGGCAACUGGAACUGGGACUUCACCUCCGCGCUCUUCUUCGCCAGCACCGUGCUCUCCACCACAGGUUAUGGCCACACUGUGCCCUUGUCAGAUGGGGGUAAGGCCUUCUGCAUCAUCUACUCCGUCAUCGGCAUUCCCUUCACCCUCCUGUUCCUGACAGCUGUGGUCCAGCGCAUCACUGUGCACGUCACCCGCAGGCCCGUCCUCUACUUCCACAUCCGCUGGGGCUUCUCCAAGCAGGUGGUGGCCAUUGUCCACGCCGUGCUCCUCGGGUUUGUCACUGUGUCCUGCUUCUUUUUCAUCCCGGCCGCUGUCUUCUCUGUCCUGGAGGACGACUGGAACUUCCUGGAAUCCUUUUAUUUUUGUUUUAUUUCCCUGAGCACCAUUGGCCUAGGGGAUUAUGUGCCUGGGGAAGGCUACAAUCAAAAAUUCAGAGAGCUCUAUAAGAUUGGGAUCACAUGUUACCUGCUACUUGGCCUUAUUGCCAUGUUGGUAGUUCUGGAAACCUUCUGUGAACUCCAUGAGCUGAAAAAAUUCAGAAAAAUGUUCUAUGUGAAGAAGGACAAGGACGAGGAUCAAGUGCACAUCAUAGAGCAUGACCAGCUGUCCUUCUCCUCGAUCACAGACCAGGCAGCUGGCAUGAAAGAGGACCAGAAGCAAAAUGAACCUUUUGUGGCCACUCAGUCAUCUGCCUGCGUGGAUGGCCCUGCAAACCAUUGAGGGUAGAAUUUGUUGCAUUAUCCUAGAGCAUCAGGGUCACGGUGCAAGAAAAAGGCUUAAGUAUGUUCAUUUUUAUCAAAACGCAAAAGUGAAAAUGAUGUCACUUUAAGAAAUAUCUACUAUUUGCAAUGUCUUAUUAAACAAAAAUGGAACAAAGAAGCUGUGACCCUGGCAGGAUGUCUAACGUGAGGAAAUGGGAUGUGCAUCUAAAAUUCAUAUGUGACAAAAUUACCUAGACCUUACGUAGGGGGAGAAUACUUGAAGCAGUAUGCUGUUGGGGUUAGAAGCAGAUUUUAUACUUUUAACUGGAAUCUUUGGGGUUUGCAUUUAAAUCAUUUAGCUGAUGGCUAAAGAGCAAAAUUUAUAUUUAGAAGCAAAAAAAAGUAUAGAGAUGUGUUUUAUAAAUAGGCUUAUGUGUACUCGUUUGCAUGUGCCCAUCCAAAAUGAUUAUUUUUAUAGAAUCUAAGUUAAACUUACUAUUUAUAAUGCAUAGGUAACCAUUAACUAUGUACAUAUAAAGUAUAAAUAUGUUUAUAUUCUGUACAUACGGUUUAGGUCACCAGAUCCCAGUGUACUUCUUAAACCAAGAUUGUAGAUAUUCUGUUUCUUCUGAUUUCUCUUUAUACAAAAGGAUCUAGAGUUGCUACAGUAAAAUAAGGAGAAUAAUAAACUUGAGAGUGAAAAAUCAUAUUAUUCUGCUGCAAUAAAUUUCUAUCCUCUUGCAAUA